GACUAGGGUGUGACUACAAUAAACAUGAUUUAACGUUGAUCAAAUUGUUCUGUCUGGACUUCUAACUGGAUUGUUGCUUUCACCCGGCACUGGCAUAUGCUGUGGCUUCACAGUAUUCAUGGCUUGGAUCUCCCUGGCAAAAAUGAACCUACUCCUGCUGUUGCUGGCUUUGAUGUUGACUGCGGAGGCAAAACAGAAAAGGCCACAGUCAUUCAGUAGGAAGAAGAGAGAGUGGAUUCUUCCUCCUGCCAAGUUGCUGGAAAACACUGACUACACCCACAAGGAAUUUAUUGCCAAGAUUCGCUCUGAUAAGGACAAAGAUGCAAAAGUGGAGUAUUAUCUCACUGGACCAGGUGCUGAUAAACCACCCUUCAACCUUUUCGUGGUCGACCAUGACACUGGAUUUGUGCGGAUCACUAAUAUUUUGGAUAGAGAGAAAUCUCCAUUUUUUAAUCUAACGGGAAUCGCUAAAUACAGAGAUGGAACAACAGCAGAGGAUGAUAUCCCACUGACAAUUACGGUGCUUGACCAGAAUGAUAAUGCACCUUAUUUUGAGCUGCAAACUGGAAACAUCACAGAAGCAAGUAAAGAAGGUAGUGCUUUAUAUUUCUACAUAUAUUGGUCUUUUGCUGAAAGUGGCUCCUCUUAUGUGAAAACAAUGAUUCUCUCAAAGGCUAAGAAAAGUCAUUUUAAUGGGGUAAAGUAAACAUAACUAAUAGAAGAUGUCUGGUAUGAGUGAAGAAUGCUUGGAGAUGCAGUGUGGAAAGAUGGCAGUUUUCAAAUAAACAGGUAUAAAGUGUAUGGCUGGAAAGUGACCCGAAAUAAAAAAAAACAUGCCUAAAACCUAGACUUAAUGUAAUUUAAUUACAUGUACAUUUCCAUGUAAUUUUAUCACAUAAAUACCAGGUAAAAAGUGACAUGUCCAUUUGUAAAAUCUUUCAGUCAGGGUAGAGUUAUGCCAUUAAAUUACAUAACUUAAAGCGGCCAUAUCAUACAAAAUCCACUUUUAGACAUUCUGGAGCGUUCCUAUGACUCUAUGGGUCACGUUUACACACAGUUAGUAUGGUAGAAAUGCAUUUUCUCCUUUUUUCACAUUUUGUGACUUUGUGACAAUUGAGAAAGACAGUCUGGUUAUGAGACUGUGCAAAACCUCCCAGCAAAACCUGAAACCCCAGCCCCAUGAUGUUUUAACUCAACAAAAUUUAUUCAAUAUACUAGCAUAGCAACACAUGAGGACGUGAAUUACUUCGAUUUUAAACGGAUCUGGGACGGCAACACUGCCUCAGCUUUUGUAUGCCUAUGCAUUCAUUUCACCUCGGACUGCUUCCAGUCCUAAAGUGUGUACAAUUCUGGGUUUGCUUCAUGGCUGAGGUUGAAGAAAGGCUCCAUCCCUACAGUCCGUCAUCCACUCGCAAUAGUAAGUACACACUUGUCUUUAUAUGUUAGUUUGUUUGUUUAAAACGUAUUAACCCACAUAUUUGAGGCAAGAUAAUAGCUAAUGGCACACUAGCGGUUAUAGCUAGAGAGCAGUCAACCUUAUGAAAUGUGCUGCUGUGGUUUGCUCUAACCACAUACACGUGUGGGAAACUCUAGUGGCAUGCUAGGAGCUACAACCAGAGUGUGGCCAUGUUUUGGAAAUCUUCUUAUAAAGAAAUAAACUGGAGAUCAUCAGUGUGAUAAACAAUCUCAAGGUUUACUCUCGUGACGACACUGAGAGGAUCACAAUUACAGUACAUCUAAGAUGUAAGACACAUCUUACUAUGUACAAAGUAUUCACUGAAGGACUGAGGACUAAAGGUCUUUAUUUAUACCCUGUUAAAACCCCCACAUGAGCUUGACUAUUCUUUAAUAAACAUGAGUGCAGUAAACCCCCCUUUACUUCCUUAACAAUGUUCCCCUGGUCACCACAGUGAAACCCCCUCCAUUUGAUAACCAAAUGCUUGAUGACCCCCCCCAGGAACAACCCUCAGCUAGAGGCACAGCAUGUCAUGAAAAACACAAAAUUUCCCACAGUCGCCUGGGCCACCCAAGCGGUAUGUGACACAUAGCUUUGCUCCUGUAUUUUUUUAUAGCCGUCAGCGAGCCAUUAUCAGCUACACGGACAACUAAUUGUGCUACUGCCAUGUUGCAGUUACUACUAAUGACUACAGCCCCACACAGAGCUAAGUGGCAAGGUUAUAUAAGGCAGGUCCACUGACUGCUGCUUCUACAAUAUUUGUGCGUUGCGUUAGCGCACCGUCAGUUGUGACCCUUUGCAACAGCUGAGCGAUCACUACAAUGAGAAACUGCAGUUAAACAUGGUUAUGUCUGUUAUUACACCGUAAUAUGUCUGAGCCUUAAUUUACCUGUGAUCUUGGUUUAUGCAAUUGUUCUAUCAAAUUCUAACAUAUAUGGUAACUCUUUUGUGUUCCAAGCUUAGUUGCUAAUUAAUCAGAUCUCUACAAUAAGUGCUGCUUAUCCGGUCAGCUACCUAUAGUAUAACUUGUGUAACAGCCAUUAUAUUUAUAGGACCAAUAAAAUUUACAUAAAUGUAACAUUGUCUUUUUCUAUACUGGAGGAGGGCACAUCCCUGUUACCCACAAACAAGCAGGUUGAUCAACAGAGAAACCAAUGCAGAUGGUAGUGUUAGUACACAGACAUGGUACAUACAUCUACUGCUCAGCUCAGGAUUGAGGGUACAUAAAUUUACCAACAGUAAGAUAAUUUCUUAGGCAAUAGAAGAGUUUAAUUUGUAUAGACUGUUUAGAUUUCAUAUACAAAUUGUUUCAACAGUGUUUAUCAGUUGUUUUAGCAUUGGCAGGCUUGUCCUUUGUGUGGUUUAAUUUUUUGUCUUGUAUUGUAGAUUUUUACAUUAGAGAAGGUGGUGACCUACAUAAUACAUACUGAACAUUUCACUAAUCUACAAUUUCUGAUUGUAGUACUCUUUUUGAUGAGGUGAUGGCACAUGGCACACCACAUCUCGCCGGUCAUCUGUCUACAACUAUGCCUGUCCUGUUGCAGAAACAAAUCUCGAACAUAAUCAAGUUUAUCACCUACCCAGGACAUGGUCUGUUUACCCCACUUCCAUCAAGCAUUUCCACUGCAAGGCCCUGCAAAAGCUCCUGCCCUCAAACCCCCAGGCUUCUCAACUCACUCAGUAACCCAUAUGUUGCACAUUGGAAUGUGAAGAUAACAGUUUCUUCCAGCUUUGGAGUACGGUUGCAUUUUCUGGUUGACAAUAAAGUUGGUUUUGACUAUUA